CCACAGCCAAUAGUAUUGAGAUCCAAGCGUCUUUUAAUAUUACCACUGCAGCUCCUCAGUUUGUAUUUCUCAGCUUUCUUUAGAAGCUCUACAAAAUCUCUGUCUAAACAUCAAUGUAACUGCUGUCACCAGCUGGCUGUGCCACGUGAACAUGUGGGGACACAGUGGAAGGCAAGAGAGCUGUUGUACCAGCUUGGAAAGCUCAUCGACACCUAUACAGGAGAUGAAGAGAAAGAAGUGUGGCAAAAUAAGGAUUACUCAUGGACUGGACAUUUCAUACUGUGAUCUCAUUUUGCAGUGAAGAAACAAACAUCUUGAAUUUACAUCAGUAUACAGCAUGAAGAUGAGAAUUACAUAACAAACUGUGUACCCAUUCCAUACAAGGGGAAGCCAUGAAGUUUACCAGGGAACACAGUGGUAAGAAAAGGAGCUGCCUGAGCAUUUGGCUCAUUUUAUGUUUGUUUCCAAGAACUUGUGUUUCAAGUCCUUCAAAACCCAAUUUUUUACUGAUACUGGCUGAUGAUCUUGGUAUUGGAGAUGUGGGUUGUUAUGGCAAUGAUACAAUAAGGACCCCCAACAUCGAUGGCCUGGCAAAGGGAGGAGUGAGACUUAGUCAGCACAUUGCUGCAGCUGCUGUCUGUACUCCAAGCAGAGCAGCCUUCCUGACUGGCAGAUACCCCAUCAGAUCAGGCAUGGCAUCCAAUACGCAAUACCGUGUUCUUUUUUGGAAUGGGUGUUCUGGGGGGCUCCCACCUAAUGAAACUACUUUUGCCAGAAUACUGCACCAACAAGGUUAUUCUACAGCACUUGUAGGGAAGUGGCAUAUGGGUGUGAACUGUGAAUCCUCCCGUGAUCACUGCCAUCACCCUUUACAUCAUGGUUUUGAUUAUUUUUAUGGCAUGCCUUUCACCCUUUUGAAUGAGUGUCAAGGCACAGAUGACCCUGAACUGGCCAAGUCUUUGCAAGAUACAUAUUGGCUUCACUCACAGAUAAUCUUCCUUGCAGUGCUUACACUUUUGAUUGGAAAACUGACCAGCUUAUUCCAGGUAAAAUGGAAAAUAAUCAUAUGUGUGGCCAUCUGUGGUCUCCUGUAUUUCCUUUCCUGGUUCUCCAGCUAUGGAUUCACCAAGUACUGGAACUGUAUCCUGAUGAGAAACCAUGAUAUCACAGAACAACCAAUGAACCUUGAAAAAACUACUUCUAAUAUGCUGAAGGAGGCAGUUUCAUUCAUUGAAAGAAACAAGCAUAGACCGUUUCUUCUCUUCUUUUCCCUUUUACAUGUUCACACCCCUCUGAUUACCACAGAGAAGUUUCUGGGAAGAAGCAGACAUGGCCUAUAUGGAGAUAAUGUAGAGGAGAUGGACUGGAUAGUGGGUAGGCUUCUUGAUGUUAUUGACAAGGAAGGCUUGAAGAAUACCACAUUCAUUUAUUUUGCAUCUGAUCAUGGGGGAUCUGUAGAGGCUCACAGAGGAAAUGUCCACUUGGGUGGAUGGAAUGGGAUCUAUAAAGGUGGAAAAGGAAUGGGAGGUUGGGAAGGAGGGAUCCGUGUUCCAGGAAUAGUUAGAUGGCCUGGAGUGUUGCCUGCAGACAUAGUUAUCAGUGAACCAACAAGCCUUAUGGACAUUUUCCCAACAGUGGUUCACCUGGCUGGAGGGGUAGUGCCUCAAGACAGGGUAAUCGACGGACGCACCUUGCUGCCUCUACUGCAGGGGACAGCUCAGCACUCCGAGCACGAGUUCAUGUUUCACUACUGUGGUGUGGUUUUGCAUGCAGUGCGGUGGCACCGAAAGGACAGGGGCACCACAUGGAAAGCUCAUUAUGUGACUCCAGUAUUCCAGCCAGAAGACUCCGGAGCCUGUUUUGGAAGACGAAUUUGCCCGUGUUUUGGGGACGGUGUAACCCAUCAUGACCCUCCACUGCUGUUUGAUCUCUCACGAGACCCUUCUGAGGCAAAUCCUCUCUCGGCUGACACUGAGCCCUUGUUUGAUACCAUAGUGAACAGAAUAGGGAAGGCUGUAGAAGAGCAUCGCAGGACACUGACUCCAGUCCCACAGCAGCUCUCUCCUUACAAUAACGUAUGGAAGCCGUGGCUGCAGCCGUGCUGCGGCACAUUUCCCUUCUGUUGGUGCGAUAAAGAAAACAACAAAGCAGAUGACAUACUUUAAUACCAAAAUCAAAGUACAGUGAGCUUAAAAAAGGUACUAAUUUUCACAUUCACAUGACUACAGUCAUACAGCGAUGGGGACAAAUUACACUGUAAUAACUGAAAGGGACAUUCUUGAUGCUUUUUGUUCAAUCCCUUCUCUCACAAAUAUUCACUAAGCCUAUGCUUUAAAAAAAAAAGUUUUUUUUAGAUGCUCAAAAUAUAUUUGGCCUAUGAGUCACCUGUAUAAUCUAUGCCUCAAAUGCACAAUUCUAGAUCAAAUAUCCAGGUAAAUGAACCAAAAAUUCUUUCCUUACUGAUUUUGAAUUCAAAUAAAUUAUGGAUGACAUGAGAUUAAACUUUAAUUGCUACUGUUUAUACAUGUAACAUGCUUGUUAAGGCAAAAGGACCGAGCCCAAGCGGAUCUCUCUGUUCAAGCCUUACCUUUUUAAUAAAAAAGCUGUUGUGUGCUUAAAAACACAUUUAUACAUUUAACUUGGAACCAUGAAAACACACUGGCCUCUAAGAAAUAAAAGUUUUUAAUUUACAGCAACAGUUUGCUUUAUCUGUCCAUUCAUUUAUCUGUCAUGUAAGAAUUCCCAGGGAGAAGAAAACAAACAAAGAAACAAACUGGCAAGUAUGUUUUUAAAAAGUAGGUAGUUAAAAUUACAAUCCCAAAUUCAGCAGGUAAGUAUCUAGCUAUUCUGGAAUACUAAACCAUGGCAAAUCCUACUGACGUACCUUUUCCAUGUUGUUAAAUCAUAUCCCAUGUAAGAGCAUUGAAAAUCAUCAUCCAGCUGCCUGGACAAGAUAGUCCCAAAUUUCACAACCUGCGAGACCGAUUCAUAAGCUGCAUGUCCCACUUCAAUAGUAAUGCUCCUGAUUUCAUAUGCUCCACGAAAAAUGUGCUUUGUUUUGGAAGACGGUAUUUUGGUUUCAGCAUGAGGUGUUAAAAAAUCCACAGCGCACACACUAAUCACCUCAGUGUAUAGGUCAUAUUCGACAAGCCAAACAAGUGUCAGCACUCUGUACAGUCAUUAGGGAAAGGUAGGGAAUUAAAAUGUCUAAUCCUCUCUCGCUGCUCUCUGGUUAACUAAAUCAUCUCUUAAUAUAUAAUCCUAACCAUGUUUUUGCAGGGUUUUUGUGUCAACUCCAAUUUUUAUGCAGAGGCUCCUGCAUUUUCUGCUUAAAAAAAAGUAAGUUGUGUGGUAGAGACUGAUAUUCAAACUUCUGAGCCUUCCUGAGCACUGUGUAUUCACUCCUACCACACAGCUAAAUGCCUGCAUGAUUUCAAAAGCGACAAGGGAGGGCAAGACCAGUAUAGCAGAAGCUUCAGGUAACUUGUUUCCCUAAACCUAGCAGCCUUGCACAAUACAAAGGUCACCUGUGUGUCAUUUUUCCCCCUUGUAGGACAGGGAGGAGAUAAGGAGGCCAGGGCAGCACAGCACUGUGGGGUUGGUAAUCCCAGAGCAGUGUGCAGCUCGAGCUCUGACAGUAGGUCCCAGUCCUUUCACCAGCCUCAGGACAAGACAGCACGUGUGCCUGGAAUUACACGCUUUUCAAGCUGUUUUCAGGCAAGCUCCUGACUUUUAUCCCCCAUGUGCACAUCACCAGUGUGGUAAGUCGUGAUGUUGUCUUGGUCUAAAGAGCACACGUUGUGACCAUGAUGCAGCACCAAACGAAGUCUCCAUAAAGCAAAAAGGGCAUUUCUUUGUUAUUUCCCCCUUAGUACUUUUCCUCUAAAAGGACGCCAAGCAAAUUAUGCGGAUAUUAUUCUGCAUAAAUCAAAGGGCUAAUCUGACAAUGAACUGGUAAGACAGAUCAAUGUCAGGCUUGACAGAAGUAUCUAAAAAUACAUUUGUUCUUACUGGUUGAUAGCAUUUAAAUCGAGAUCAGCCUUGCUAAGAACUUGUCAAAAUACAUUUUUCUGUGGCUGACAGGGAUUGAAACCAGAGCAGCUGGAUUCACAAAGAAAGAAAAUAGCAUAAAAGACCCCGUGCUUUAAAGCCAGUUUGGCCGAUUCAGAGAUGGAAAGGAGUGAUCUUGCUGCUCAGGGGGGAACAAAGGCAAAAGUUGUUUUCCAGAGUCAACCCAGCCUGCCCAGUAACACCUAUGCUGCCAGUAAAACACAAGCAUAAGCUUACCCUCAGAUCACCCCAGCACCCUCCUCCCAUCCCCAACUGGUCAGACACAAGAACCUGCCCCAUCACAGGCUAGGCCACGACUAACGGGUCUACCAAGAGGCAGGCAGCACAAAAGCACAGGUCCAAGCUCCUGCAGGCAGUGUGGGAAGCCCAGUACAUCAGCAAAACCCCCAAACCUCACCUCUGAGCACAGUGUGAAUACUU